CAAAAAAGAGUUAUUAAUCAAAUUUUAUUUUGCUGUCAUUCAAACUGUUCGAUUUAAUAAAUUUAUUUUGGUAGAAAAUAUUCUGAAAAUUUUGAAAUUAAAGGAAAAGUGACAAAUAGCUAUUUUUUUUUUUAAAAACAAAGGAAAAUGUAGUUUUUUUUUACGGGAGAACUUUUAAAACAGUUUUUUUUCUCAUUUAUUUGUUAAUGAUUUAAUUCAAAGUACAAUUUAACUAAAAACUUAAGCAAUAAUAUUCUUCUAGUUUCAGUACUUUAGCAUGUAUUUUUAAUAAAAAUGUUUGUUUCGUGAUUUUCUCUAAAAUUAGGAAAUUCAAGAAAGUUUACAAAUGCCUAUAAAAAGUUAAUUUUUUAAAUGAUUGUCUUUAUUAAUAUGUUCAUUAAUGAAAAAAAGUAAUGCAAAGAAGUUGACUAAAAGAUUUUAUGUCAGUGUAAGACAAUAAUUAUAACAUGAACACUUAUGAAACAGGAAAUAAUGGUAGCUACGACAUCACUUCUCCUAGCACUUCAUUGAAUUUGCGGCAUAAUAGAGGUCACUCUCGUGUUUCGUGUUUGAAAUGUUGUGGAGAUUUAGUCAAUUGUUUUUUAAAUCUGCGUGUUAAUCCUGAGGAAGUAGAACAAAGGUACAAAUCUCGGGAAAUUGAUAAAUUUCUGGCAAAAGAUAAACAACUGAUCGCAAGACAGGUUAAACUUUUACUAUUAGGUGCAGGUGAGUCAGGCAAAUCAACAUUUUUAAAACAAAUGCGAAUCAUCCACGGAAUAAAUUUUGAACCAGAGUUAGUAAGAGAAUAUCAACAUGUAAUAUAUCAAAAUAUUGUAAGGGGGAUGCAAGUUCUAGUCGACGCGAGGGAAAAAUUAGAAAUCCCUUUGGAACAUCAGAUAACAGAAAAGGCUGCUGAACGAGUUAAACUAUUGUACUGUGGCCCUGGCUUAAGUACAGAACAAUUUAUAGAAUAUGCUCCAGUUGUUCGUACAUUGUGGUAUGACAAAGGUAUCAAAACAGCUUAUGAUAGGCGAAGAGAGUUUCAAAUUAGUGAUUCGGUUAGUUAUUUCUUUGAUGAAGUAAAUCGUAUAGCUAGGCUGGAUUAUGUACCAUCCCAAAAAGACAUUCUUCGUUGUCGUAAGGCCACGAAGGGUGUUUAUGAGUUCAUGAUUAGAAUACAGAACAUUCCGUUUGUUUUUGUUGAUGUUGGUGGGCAGCGCACCCAGCGACAGAAGUGGACAAAAUGCUUCGAUAAUUCAGUAACUUCAAUUAUAUUUUUAGUUUCAUCCUCAGAAUUUGAUCAAGUUUUAGCUGAAGAUAGGAAAACUAACCGUUUGGAAGAAUCGAAAAAUAUUUUUGAUACCAUUGUAAAUAAUAGCACUUUUAAUGGUAUUUCGAUAAUAUUAUUUUUGAAUAAGUCGGAUUUAUUGGAAGAAAAAGUGAAAAACCCUGAGACUGAUAUACGUUCGUACCAUCCAGAAUUUACAGGAAACCCUCAUUCAAUAUUAGAUGUACGAAAUUUUAUCUUGCAAAUGUUUUUAAACGUCCGUCGAAAUACAAAAAGCAUAAUUUAUCAUCACUAUACAAAUGCUGUUGACACAGAGAAUAUUCAAAUUGUUUUUAAUUCUGUUAAAGAUACUAUAUUACAAAGGAACUUAUCUGCUUUAAUGUUGUCAUAAAAUUGGUGAAGCGUUAAUGUUCCCUAUUUUUUAAUUUUUCUACUUUAACAACACUUUUAUUUAUAAAUUUUAUAAUCGUAAUGUUUAUUUUUGCAAUAAUGUUUUUUAAAUGAAAGAGAAAUUUUUAUUUUUAUUAUCUUAGCAAUUUCAUAUGUAACGUUAGUUUCAAUAUUAAUACGCUCGAAUCAAAUUCAUUAUAAUCGUUUCAGCAUAGUAUAGUCGUGGUAAAAAUUAAACUGACGAGGUAUAAACGAGCUUUACUGAAAAACUCAUUGUAAGUUUUAAAACAAAUUAGAAAAUUGUUAAUUACAAGUAUAUGAAUUUUAUAUAACUGUUUCCGAAUUCGGCUUAAAAAUUCAUAUUUUAGUGUAUAAGUAUUUAUAAAAUCGUGAAAAAAUAUAAAAAUUUCAAAUUUGUAUAAAAUAGCUUUUAAGUUUGAUACACAGUAAUAAAUUACAAAAUUCGGAUA